AGGAGCCAACUGAAACAGAAACAAAUCCGCAGUAAUUCGCAGCGAAAGCGUGGCACUUGAAAACUCAAACAAAAACAACAACAUCACCACAAACUGGGGGAAAAAAAAACAACAAGGGCGGAGAGCGAAGGAUAUGCAGACAGAAGAGCGAGUGCAGUCGUGUGAAAAUUGUUGUAUCGAAAGUGCAUAAAAUGUGGCCCACAAACAAUUAGCGGAAUAAGCAGAGCACGGAGAGCAAAACAAAAGGCGGACUAACUACAAAAGCAAACAGGAUGUCAAGGACUUGAGCAGGGGGGGUUGUGGGGGUGACACUAGGGUGAUACAAACGGGGGGACUUUGGGCGCAUCACGAUUCGCAAGUGUCGCCAAGAUGCGUACCUACUACACGGCAAAGGACAUGCGAAAAUACGGCGACUUGAGCUAUGAAAGCAAAUACCUGCUGGAUCCGAAGUUUAUGACCAAGAGGGACCUGCAGCACUACUAUCGCUACUACAACAUGAACAAGAACCGUGGUCAGUUCAAGAAGAUUGUGAUUGUGAUCUUCUGCCUGUGCGUGUUCUCCUACCUGUGCGUGGACUACAACCUCCGGACGAAGCUGCUCCGUUUCCGCGAUGGCUUCGACUUCAUGGCCCGCCUUGAGGACCAUUACGGCGGCAAUCUGACGACGGCCUAUUUCGUGGACACGGCGGGCUGCCGGAUGCCGCACUUCGAGGUCACCGACGACACCAUUGCCCAGUUCAUGUUCAAGCCGCGUCCGUACAGCUGCAACAGGGCACUGGUCCGGACCAGUGACUCGGUGCCGGGGCAGCUGCUGCUCAAUCUAGAUGCCGGCGAACUACUCGCCUACUAUAACAUCAGCGAUCUGUCCUCCGUGAGCUGCAAUUUCACGGAGGUUAAACGCAAGUCGGACUCCGCUAACACAUACAGUCCGGCUGUGAGUUUCAAACUGGACAAAGUGGUUCAACUGCCACUUGACUCGGAGUUCAUUUGCAUGUGGUGCUAUGAUUCCUUGGACAGGCUUUUCUACAAAGACUGCCACUUUUUUGCGGUGGACAAGCCACGAGUGAGAGCAUCAAUUAAACCCGGAACCGAAAGGGUCAGCUUUAACAAGAGCAAGGAUGCACAUGAACGUCUGUCGGUGAUGCUCCUGGGCAUGGACAGCCUGUCGCACCUGAACUUCCUGCGCCAGAUGCGCCAAACAGCGGACUACAUCCGGAAGCACCUGUCCCACGUGGAGCUAUGGGGCUACAACAAGGUGGGCGACAACACCUUUCCCAACAUAGUGCCCCUGCUGAGCGGCUUGGAUGACCAGGAACUCAAUCUGGCCUGUACGCCGAAGACAUUGCGGUCCUACGAUCGGUGCUCUUUCAUUUGGAAACGCUACCAGCAGGCUGGCUAUCGAACCGCCUUCGCCGAGGAUGUGGCACUGCUGUCGUCCUUUAACUACAACCAGAACGGGUUCAGGAAGCAGCCCACGGACUACUAUCUGCGGCCCAUGAUCAUGGAAAUGGAGAGGAAUGUGGCCUUUAAGAAGGACCUCAACAUGCACUUGUGCAUGGGCAGCCGCCGGACGGCUGAUGUGCUGCUGGAGUACAUGAGGAAACUGGUCCCGCGGAUGAGCGGCCAGCUCUUCUUCUCCUUUUUCUGGACCGUGGCCCUAACCCAUGACUACUUCAACUUUCCCUCGCUGCUGGACAAGGCCAUGUUGACGCAGUUAACGCAGCUGCAAGAGUCGGGAGUGCUCAAUCGCACGGUGGUGAUGCUGCUUUCAGAUCACGGACUGAGAUGGGGUUCCUUUCGUCGGACCUACCAGGGCAUGAUGGAGGAGCGACAGCCCCUGAUGAUAAUGCUCUAUCCGCCCUGGAUGAACGAACGGUAUCCGGAGGCGAUAGCGAAUCUAAGAUUGAAUGCCCGCCGACUGACCACACCAUUCGAUGUGCAUGCAACAAUGGUGCAGCUGCUGAAUCUGCGGGAUCUGGAGGCGGAUCAGUUGUUGCGCAGAUCGGCUGAGCUCGAGGAGCCGGACAGCACACUGCCACGGGGCAUCAGCCUGUUCGUGCCCAUUCCGGCGGCCAGGACGUGCGAGCAGGCUGGGAUUGCCGCCCACUGGUGCACCUGCCAUCAGCGACAGGAGCUGCCCACGAACGACCAGCGUGUGCAGCGGGCAGCGAGGUAUUUGGUGCGGCUAAUUAACAAUCGACUGAAGGAUAGCACACAGUGCAGGACCCUCUACCUGAACUCCAUACUGCAGGCCCUGAUUGCGGCGCCGCACUCGAAGAUCGUGAAGAACAUAUCCACGGACUAUGCGGUGGACAUUACCCUGCGGCUGCAGACGAAGCCCGGCUUGGGCGUCUUUGAGUCCACGGUGCGGAUGACGGGCUACACGACCGUCCUAACGGGCACCAUCAGCCGGUUGAAUCUGUACGGCAGCCAGAGCUACUGCCUCAAAGAUCCGGCCCUUAAGAUGUUCUGCUAUUGCCAUAGAUAAGCUUACGAACCUUUUUCCUCAAUGGAGUGUUCGACGUCAAAGACUUGAAACCCAUUUACGUAGCCUUAGCCAAGAAAAACCUAGUUUAUUUCUAUGAAAUAGCCGACGAUUGUAUUGUAUAAUAAUCCAAUUUUAGCCUUUGCCGUAAGGAGUUCCCAGUCUUAUGCACCUACUUAUAUAGCCAUGGUAGUUAUAGCGGAAUUUGUCUAUUUCCCAAUUACUUAGAGGACAAUAAACUGACAAAAAUACUAAUAAUCGUAA